UCCGUCAUCCUAGUGCAUGCUGUCCGCACAUCUGGAUUCCCCGGGACAUACGCUCAAUGAGACCCCCUAUAUGUUUUACGUGGGACUGUUCUUUGUCAACGUGCUGACCUUGUAUUAUGCCUUCCUGAUGGAGUACAUCGCCCUCAAUGUGGGCAUCGUCUUCCUGCCUGAGGACAUGGAUCAGGCUCUGGUGGACCUGGGAGUGCUGUCAGACCCCGCUUCUCUGCUCUACGACGCCGACAACGAGCUGGACGGCUACCUGGAAUAA